GCAACUAAUUGCCACGCCCAGGGCCCAUAAGCUUCCGACAGUAGUGAAGAGCUGCUAACAUUCCGUUCUGCAAUCGUCGGAGCGUUUCAUAUCGAUGACGACGGGCACUGCUCUGCACGUCGCAUGGUCAUCGCCAGCAUUGGACAACUGUGUCUAGACAAUUUGGGCAAUUCUUAGAGUUACGAUGACUGGUCCGUGCUCUUAAAAGCGAGGCUCGACUACGUUGGUGGAAUCUCAGUGAGUUUUUAGCCACAAUCAAUACCCCACAGCCAGCUUCUCCUCUUCCUCACGCUCCGCAAAGAUGAUCGCACGUUUCAACCUCCAGCGUCUGCCCAUUGGAUCAUAUCGGCACCCCCGCUCCUCCGUCAUGGGUCGACACGAACGCGACCACUUGUUCUUCUCCCACCACAAUGUCGAGGGAGUCAAUCUCGCGGAUGCUCACGCCGGGCGGCUCGAAAAUCUCGAUGGACGCGACGAGGGGCUGUUUCCUGCUACCUUCGCCAAGCUCACCUGCCUCAUCACGAUACGCGGAUACGAGGCGUUCCGCCAGGUCAAGAACGUGCAACGCGUCCGCGGUGGCGUGCCGGUGCCCGUUCCGCGCCACAAAGUUGUUCGCUGCAUCGCGGAAGUGAUGCUCGCUUUCUUGCACCAGGCAAGUGCACAGGCCGCCCGGGCGGCAGACGGACACAGCGGCGCCUUUGCGUUCGGUCCUGCAGGCCUUCAGAUGGAGCACCUCUACCUCCUCGAGCUGCAACGGCACGGCAAGACUCUCGUCCCCAUCUUCGGCUUCGUUCCACCCGACGUCAGUCCUGUGGUCUUGCCUGAUAUUGACAUCGGGCUCGGCGAGGCUUUUGAAAUGGCUUUCCUCACCCACGAUCGCGGUUUCUGGCAGCCUCAGCUUUAAAGCUAUCGAUUUUGGUCACAAAGAACUCCUCUAACGCUCCCCUCGGUGUAGUAGUAUUGUUUCAUGGCUUGCAGCAUUGUGUACAGUGAAGUACAGGACUCAGCAGGUCUCGGUCUCGGCAAAAGGGAGCUUAUCAAUUCGAAUCAUUGGAGUGGCCGCCGCUCGGGGAUCUAAGGAUUAGGUAUUCAAAUGUAAGAGCUGGAUUAAUACCCUGUUGUAUUUCCAUCCUGCAAAUGAG